AUGGGUCAGACUCUUUCGGAGCCUGUCGUCGAAAAGACGUCCGCCUCAGGCGAGGAUGACAGACUCAUCUACGGCGUGUCCGCCAUGCAGGGCUGGCGAAUUAGCAUGGAGGACUCGCACACCACAGUCCUGAAUCUUCUCGCCAACAAUGCCGAGGCGUUCAAGCAACAUUCCUCUCAACUGUCCUUCUUUGGUGUCUUCGACGGCCACGGCGGUGACAAAGUUGCAUUGUUCGCUGGGGACAACAUCCACAACAUUGUGGCGAAGCAGGAUACCUUCAAGGCUGGCAAUUACGAGCAGGCGCUCAAGGACGGCUUUCUGGCCACCGACCGCGCAAUCCUCAACGAUCCCAAGUACGAGGAGGAGGUUUCAGGCUGCACUGCUUGUGUCUGCUUGAUCAACAAUGACAAGAUUUACAAUGCCAAUGCCGGCGACUCGAGGAGCGUCCUGGGUGUCAAAGGCAGAGCCAAACCCCUGUCAUUUGACCACAAGCCUCAGAACGAAGGUGAGAAGGCACGUAUCACUGCUGCCGGAGGAUUCGUCGACUUUGGCCGAGUCAACGGCAACCUUGCCCUUUCCCGGGCUAUUGGCGACUUCGAGUUCAAGAAGAGCCACGAGUUGGCUCCCGAGCAACAGAUUGUCACCGCGUACCCCGACGUCAUUGUUCACGAUCUUGGCGAUGAUGACGAGUUCCUGGUCAUUGCUUGUGAUGGUAUCUGGGAUUGCCAGUCCUCGCAGGCUGUGAUCGAGUUCGUCCGACGCGGCAUUGCGGCGAAGCAGGACCUGGAUAAGAUCUGCGAGAACAUGAUGGACAACUGCUUGGCCUCCAACUCCGAGACUGGUGGUGUAGGCUGCGACAACAUGACCAUGGUCAUCAUUGGCUUCUUGCGAGGACGCACCAAGGAGGAGUGGUACGAGGAGAUCGCCAGGAGAGUCGCAGCCGGAGACGGACCCUGCGCACCCCCGGAAUACGCCGAGUUCCGCGGUCCGGGAGUCCACCACAACUUCGAUGAUAGCGACAGCGGUUAUGAUGUCGAUAUGGACAACAAGGGCAAGCCUUUCGGCAUUGGUGGCUACCGAGGUCGGAUAAUCUUCCUUGGUGACGGUACAGAAGUUCUGACCGACUCAGAUGACACGGAGAUGUUCGAUCAGGAGAACAAGGAUCUUGAGAGCCAAGUCUCCAAGCCCUCUUCCGGCAACGACCAGGCCGACUCAGAGGAGGACAGCUCUGCCAACGCCAACGCCAGCGCAGAGGCCAAAUCGGGCGAUUCCGACAAGGCUCAGAGCACGUCUACAUCGACAACCGACGACGCAUCAAAGGCGACAGAAUCCAAGGCCGAGGACACCAAGGCCGAGGACACCAAGGCCGAGAAGACGAAGGAGGAAGCUUGA